GGCCCGGGUCCGGGCCUCCCAACCCGCUGCUCUCCCUCGCCCCGGGCCUGAGCUGCUCCUGCCCGUGCAUCCCCCUCCAACCCCCGCUCCUUCGCUCCGGGCUCCUCCUCCCGCUCAGUCUCCAUCCUCCCUCCCCGCACCCCCAAAAAGCCAAGCCGCCCCAGGCCUCGGAGCCCCCCGCGAAUUGAUCUAAUUCCUUUGGAAAGGCUGCAGAGGAGGAGGAGGAGGAGGAGAAGAAGGACGUGGAGGGGCUUCCCCACGCCCGGCUGGAGGAAUCUCUUCUUGGCUGGAAGCUGAACCUGGUGCCUGAUUUUUUUUGGGGGGGGAGGGGCUCCUGGAUUUAUUUUUUUUUCCAGAAGGUGGGAGGUGGACCGAGACGACCUUUUUUUUCUCCCCCCCCCCCUUUUUUUUUUUGGCGUAUGUGUGCAUGUGUGUGAGUGAUCAUGGGGAAGGAUCAGGAGCUGCUGGAAGCUGCUCGCACUGGAAAUGUGGCUCUGGUGGAAAAACUCCUGUCGGGGAGAAAAGGAGGGAUCCUGGGCGGUGGAUCCGGAGCUCUGCCCCUGUCCAGCCUCUUAAGCAUCUGGCGAGGUCCCAAUGUAAACUGCACAGACAGCUCGGGUUACACCGCUUUACACCAUGCAGCUUUAAAUGGACAUAAGGAUAUAGUCCUCAAAUUACUACAGUACGAAGCUUCAACUAAUGUGGCAGACAACAAAGGUUAUUUUCCUAUUCACCUGGCUGCCUGGAAAGGAGAUGUAGAUAUUGUGAAGAUUCUUAUCCAUCAUGGACCUUCACAUUCCAGAGUCAAUGAGCAGAAUAAUGAAAACGAGACGGCCCUGCACUGUGCGGCGCAGUACGGACACUCCGAGGUGGUCGCCGUUCUUCUGGAAGAGCUCACGGACCCCACGAUACGAAACAACAAGUUGGAGACGCCGCUGGAUCUGGCCGCACUCUACGGGCGGCUGCGCGUGGUGAAGCUGAUCGUCGGGGCCCAUCCCAACCUGAUGAGCUGCAACACGCGGAAGCACACGCCGCUGCACCUGGCGGCGCGCAAUGGUCACAAAGCGGUCGUCCAGGUCCUCCUCGAGGCCGGGAUGGAUGUCAGUUGCCAGACUGAAAAGGGGAGUGCCCUGCAUGAAGCAGCCCUAUUUGGAAAGAUGGAUGUUGUACGGGUUUUGUUAGAAACUGGAAUUGAUGCCAAUAUAAAGGAUAGCGUAGGGAGAACAGUCUUAGAUGUUCUCCAAGAACAUCCAUCCCAGAAAUCACUGCAAAUUGCUACUCUUCUACAAGAAUAUUUGGAAGGCGGGGAAAAAUCAACUUUCCUGGAAGAACAUGUUCAGGAUUGUCCUGAGCACCAAAUGGGAAUUUCAUCCCCUGAUGAUUCUCCAGCCCAAAAGACCAAAAGUGAAGCAGUGACUGGAGAAUUAUCCAAGCUGUUAAAUGAAAUAAAACUCUGCCAAGAAAAGGAUUAUUCUUUUGAAGAUCUGUGUCAUUCACUAUCAGACCAUUACUUAGACAAUUUGAGCAAGAUUUCUGAGGAAGAACUCGGGAAAAAUGGAAGCCAGGCAAUAGAUAAUGUUUCUGCUAACCAGAAUAAAACAAGUAUCAGUAGCAACAUAAUUUACCGAGUGCAUAGUGAAGACAGAACACUGAACUGGAGGCCUUCAUCAGUGGUAAAUCUGUCUCCAGGAGAGUUGGAGGAGGAGGAGGAUGAUCAAAACGGUUGUGGACCAUCAGGAUUGUGGGGGGCUCUGACGCCCUGUAACGGAUGUCGGAACCUGGGAUUCCCCAUGCUUACACAGGAGUCUUAUCCAAAGAAGAGGAGUUAUACUUUGGAAAUUGUACCACCUGCUUCUCUAGAUGUGUUUCCUUCUGAAAAUGAAAGCAAUCUAUGUGAUCUCAUGGACAUAGCAGUAACAAAGAAGCCCUGUUCUUUAGAAAUAGCAAGAGCACCUUCCUCAAGAGCAGAUAAUGCAUCUCAGGUAGCAAUUACUGCACCAGGAACCAGUAACCAUAGAAACAGCUCUACCGGCCCAACACCUGAUUGCUCUCCUCCAUCUCCUGACACUGCCCUCAAAAACAUUGUAAAAGUUAUUCGACCCCAGCCUAAACAACGCACAUCUCUUGUGUCUGCUCUGGAGUUUCACCGACUGAACCACAGCCAUGAUUACUUUGAAAUAAAGUCAUCAACAGGGUUCACAAGCUUUAUUUCCAGCCCUUCUAUCAGCCCAACUAACUAUGCCAUUGGUUCCAGGGAAGGAAACACUAAAGGGAUCAAUCAUUCAGAUAAUCUUUGUCUUCAGGAAAAAAGUCCUAUUCCCGAGGAACCUGAACCUGGGCAAUUUGCUGGCCUGCUUCACGGAUCUUCUCCAGCUUGUGAGUCUCCUGAAAAUCCACUGCAGCUCUAUAGUAAAGCCCAUCAGACUGAAGAGACAUCAGAAGGAACCGGGUUGAUAACUAAUUCAAUACCUCCUAAGCAACCACCACCAGAAAACAACCCAGAAACUGUAGUGAAGAAAAUUAAACCCAAAGUGGUAAACAGGACAAUAUUUCAUACAAAAAUUAAUCAACUAGAAAACCGGACCUUUAUCGGCACGAGAACGACACGGAAUGGCACCAUGAGGAAUGGCGACCAAUGGAUUAUUAGCACGGGGGCGUUUGUGGAGCGGGCAUGUACACUCGGGAGGAUACGGUCCUUGCCCAGAGCCCUUCUAGAUUUGCAUUUAUCCAGAAAUGUAUCCAAGUCAGACUCUGAUCUCAUUACCUAUCCUUUGAGCGAGAAAACAUCAAGAGUCAACUGGAGCGAGCCCUCAACCACUGAACAUAGUUCGAAAGGGAAUUCUGAACGAACACCAUCCUUCACUUCAGAAUGGGAAGAAAUUGAUAAAAUAAUGAGCUCCAUAGAUGUUGGAAUCAACGCUGAACUGGAAGAAAUGAAUGAUGAGGCUGCAAGACCCAGAUGCCCCGUCCAAACGGUGGGACAAUGGUUGGAAAACAUUGGGCUACCUCAGUAUGAGAACCACUUGAUGGCUAAUGGAUUUGACAAUAUUCAGUUCAUGGGAAGCAACGUAAUGGAGGAUCAGGAUUUGCUGGAAAUAGGAAUCCUUAACUCUGGACACAGACAAAGAAUUCUUCAGGCAAUCCAGCUCCUUCCGAAGAUGAGGCCUAUCGGUCAGGAUGGCUACCACCCCACCUCAGUGGCCGAGUGGCUGGAUUCCAUUGAACUGGGAGACUACACCAAGCCCUUUCUGAUCAACGGCUACACGUCGAUGGAUCUGUUGAAAAAAAUCUGGGAGGUCGAAUUAAUUAAUGUUUUAAAAAUCAGUUUGAUUGGCCACCGGAAGCGUAUUUUGGCAUCUCUGGGAGACAGACUGCACGAGGAUCCUCCCCAGAAACCGCCACGGUCCAUCACCCUCAGGGAACCCAGUGGUAAUCACACUCCUCCUCAGCUGUCUCCAUCACUUAGCCAAAGCACUUACACCACUGGUGGCUCUCUGGACGUUCCGCAUAUUAUCAUGCAGGGGGAUGCAAGGAGAAGAAGAAAUGAAAACUAUUUCGAUGAUAUUCCCCGAUCAAAACUGGAGAGACAGAUGGCUCAGCAGUCGUCUGUCUGUGAAAUUUGGACGAACCAGAAUGCUGGAUUUCCUUUCUCAGCGAUCCAUCAGGUUCAUAAUACAGGAGACUGGGGAGAGCCUUCGAUUACCUUGCGACCACCCAACGAAGCCACAGCCUCAACGCCUGUCCAGUACUGGCAGCAUCACCCAGAGAAACUCAUCUUCCAGUCGUGUGAUUAUAAGGCAUUUUAUUUAGGUUCUAUGCUGAUAAAAGAACUCAGGGGGACAGAAUCGACACAGGACGCUUGUGCAAAAAUGAGGGCUAAUUGUCAGAAAUCUACAGAGCAAAUGAAGAAAGUCCCGACUAUUGUUCUCUCAGUCUCUUACAAAGGAGUCAAAUUUAUCGAUGCAACGAAUAAGAACAUAAUUGCUGAGCAUGAAAUUCGUAACAUCUCCUGUGCUGCUCAGGACCCUGAAGACCUCUCAACGUUUGCUUAUAUCACUAAAGAUUUGAAGUCUAAUCACCACUACUGCCAUGUAUUCACUGCCUUUGAUGUGAAUUUAGCCUAUGAAAUAAUUCUAACCCUAGGACAGGCAUUUGAAGUGGCCUACCAGCUAGCACUACAGGCUCGGAAAGGGGGCCACUCCUCAACCCUCCCAGAAAGCUUUGAAAACAAGCCCUCCAAACCCAUUCCCAAACCACGUGUUAGUAUUCGCAAAUCAGUGCAGAUAGAUCCAUCUGAACAAAAGACUCUUGCCAAUCUACCGUGGAUUGUAGAACCAGGACAAGAAGCAAAAAGAGGGAUUAAUACCAAGUAUGAAACUACAAUUUUCUGAUCCGAAACAGACAUUUUGUCCUUGUUGUGCCUUGCACUCCAAGCAGUCACAGCACAGCCUCUCCUUUCCGGCACCAUUUCGAUCCAGUCGAGGGGAAGGCUGCACUGUUAGCGUGGCCUUGUCACUCACAAAAGGCUGCCGGCCAUUUCUGGUGAUGUUCUUCCUGCAGCAAAUGACAGAAGAAUGCUAACCGAGACUUUCCGAUUGCAAUCUGUAAGAGGAGCAAGCUGAGAGUUUCUUUUCCCAAAUCAGUAUUUAAUGUGACUCUGCCACAGUGCUUUCUUUGGUUUCUUAUUUUAGGGUUCUAGUUUUUUAAACGGGGUCACGAAUGCUGUCUCUAAGAGUUUAAAAAUUGGGGUUUAUUUUUAAAUUUUUGGCAGUUUCUAAAUCGAAUCAGACCAGAAUUGCGCAAUACAGUAUUUAUGAAACCACUGAACUCCUGAAACAUUACAUAGUGUUAUUUAUUGUAAAGGGGCAAAAAUCACCCUCAAUUUGCCAAAUUUAGUUUCUAUCUUUGCAGAUUUUAUAUAUAAUCGAUAUUGUCAUGAUCGCCUAUACAGAGAGAGCCUUUCCUUAAGGGACAGAGUCAACCUUUAAGAAUGAUAAAAAGAGGAAUUUAUUAUGCACAGAAAAUGUCUUGUAUUAAAUAUUUUUAUUAAAAGAAUGUUUCAUUAAUGCAUUGAUAAGGAAGCUGGGCUAGUUGUGAAGAAUGUCUGUCUUUUAUUUUCAAUUACUGACUCCACCGCUACCACUUGGCAAAUCUCAGCAGUCAUGGCAAGUGUUCUAGGUGUUUCAUGGAGCAGGAGAAACAAAAAAAAAGCAAAACAACAGGCUAGUCAUUGCACUCGAGAUUUCACAUUUAAACAGUUAAAUGUUGCUAUAGCCAUGAAUCCUGCAAAUACUUUCAGAUCUCAUCAGUGUUUGAAAAAAACACGCUCACAACCUAGGGACUUAGCUGUAAAAAUUUCUGUCAGAGAAACCUUGUUCGAGGGAAGUGUUAAUAAAGCUCUAUUGCAAAAAUUUUUCUAAGAAAAAGAAAAACCAAAAAAAAAAGCCAAAAAGAAGAAAUUCCAAAGUAAUAAAACUCUCUUUUCUGGAAAGAAAAACUUAAAGCGUUUGCUUACUAUUUGAUUAAAUAAAAUUUACUUACAUUUUAUUUAAGGUAUUUUAAUUUUUUUUAAUGUCUCUGUGAAGUAUUUGUAUGACACCAUAAUGUAUAUUUAUGUAGAACUGAAUUAUACAAACAGUACCAAUAUCACUAUAGAAGAAAAUGGCAUUUUAAUGUAUAUUGUUCUAACCGGUCAUAUUGUGAAUCAUUUUGAAGUUCAUUAUAGAGAUACUGAUAAAUUGUGUAGUUGUCUUAAUUUUUUUUUAAUUACUAUUAUUUUAAAUCUAACCAAGCCUAUCAGUUAUUAUCAUCAGUGGGUGAAUUCCAAAGAUGGAUAACUGAACUCUGUUUCCAACUGAUAAAUAUAUAUGGUUUAGAUGAACCUGAAUAUAGCUCUGAGUGAUGAAAACUUUUAAUACAAUAUUAAAUUACUUGAACUGAACAAUUCCUUGUACAUAUUUUGCCCAUUCACUGUUGAUAUGUAUGUAGGUAACUGAUGGUAAAAAAUAACAUUGAGAAAGGGUACCAAAUGGAAAUUGUAUAGGAGCAAAGUAAAUAGUAGCCUCACUGCAGCAAAAACAUAUUUGUAAAUAUGCUUGGGCUUCCAGUUAUAAAUUUUGUAAUUUUGUCAUUAUUUAUAACCUAUAAAAGCACACAAAAUAAAAAGGAGUUGUACAGUCA